CGCGUACAAUAGAUACUCACCAUCGACCGAUCUAGAACGUGCGUAGUUCCACCAGUCCUCCAUUAUCUUCAGUGUUCGUUUUUAAACAAAAACAGCCAACAUGCUAUCAAAGGUUAUUGUCGGUUCUUGCGUUCUGCUGUACGUCGGUUUGAGCACGGUGCGGUCGUAUCCUCAAGGAUACGGUGGCGGACACGAUGACGAAGAGCACGUGGAUUACUAUGCCCAUCCCAAGUAUUCUUACAAGUACGGCGUACAAGAUCCUCACACAGGUGAUUACAAAACCGCGCAUGAAUACAGAGAUGGCGAUGUGGUAAAGGGAUCGUACACCGUGCAAGAACCCGACGGUACCCUUAGAACCGUUGAGUACGUAGCGGACAAGGAAAACGGUUUCAACGCUGUCGUCCAUAAAUCCGGUCACGCCAACCAUCCUGAUCAUUACGAACAAUAUUGAUGUUUCUAAAGACUUUAUUUUCAGGUCAUCUACUCCGAGGCAAGUUUGACUGCCAAAUUCUACAUUAAUAUUCCAACAUCAAUGGACACAUGAAAGCAAUAAUCUAACAAUCUAGUCCUUAACUUGUUCGACUUGUUUGUGUCAGAAAAACUUUCAUAUAUUAUAUUAUUAUAUCUUUAUCUAAUUAUUACUAUUUUUAUA